AGAUUAAUUUGGAACUUAGGAACCCUUAAAAAAAUCUUAUUUCAACCGAACAUAAUUUCGUAGCGGACCGAAGCUCACGUUGGGGUCAAGUAUUUAGAGGAUGUGCUAGUAGUUUAAUUUAAAAUGUCCAGUUUCUCCAGAUCUGCACAGCAAUGGGCGACCUUUGCCCGUUCCUGGUUCCUGAUUGAUGCCAGGAUGCAGCCGCCUGGGAAGAUUGCAACUAUGUGUUCUAUUAGAUUACAGGGGAAACACAAACCUAUCUACCAUGCUCUGAGUGACUGUGGUGACCAUGUGGUGGUAAUAAACAGCAAACACAUAGCUUUCUCUGGGAACAAAUGGGAACAGAAAGUCUACUCAUCACACACGGGGUACCCUGGUGGAUUCAAACAAGUCACAGCUGCUCAGCUCCAUCAUAAGGACCCAAAAGCUAUCGUAAGGUUAGCAGUUUACGGCAUGCUGCCUCGGAACCUGCACCGGCGCACCAUGAUGCAGCGAUUGCACAUCUUUCCUGAAGAUGAGCUGCCAUAUGACAUUCAAGCCAACCUGACAGAGGAGCUGCCUCAGCCCAGAGAAAUACCGAGGAAGCUCAGCGAGUACACUCAGGAGGAAAUAGAUGCCUUCCCCAGGCUGUGGACACCACCUGAAGACUACAAGAUGAAAUGAAGGCUGCCCAAUGAGACCGAGAAAGGGAGGGGAAAAAAGGUCUUAUAUCAACACAACACUGAAAGCAGCACCAUCCUCUGCUAUUGAUUUGUGUAAAUUUAGCCCGCAGUUUAUGCCUGCAGAACUGGCAUCAAAGCUCGACAGCACUUAACAUAACAUAGAUGCCAAGAACAUCAACAUUAUCCUACCAGGGGAACCUCUCUGUCGCUCCUGUCGGCUCCAGCGCGACCGCGGUGGGCCUGAAUUAUCCAAGGACAGCUUGAGAUUUCACCAUGUGGCUCAGCUGUGAGAAAAAUCAGAUUCUGUGGGUUUUUCCUCUGAUUACACACCAUGAAAUGAUCCGA